CAUUCUCGGUGAGAAGUAAAGUGACGUGGAGAGUUACGAAGAUGGCAGUCUGACAGCUAAAACUUUACAAACUGUGAGAAGACUUGGCAUAAAACUACACGGUGAGCUUCAUAAACAGACACAGUUUUAUUGUAGAAUAUUAGAAACGUAACACCUAACCAGGAAACGUGUUAAUCGCCUCCACCAGCUAACCAAUUAGCUGGCUAACAACCGAAAGACCAACUGUUUACAGCGCGUUUAACUCAGAGUUAUGUAAGUUAGACAUCAAUUUACCACCUGAGCCAUGUCAUGGAAGAACACGGAAUGACGUGAACGAGGAGCUUUGGCUUUUACUGCCCAAGAAAUCGCCGGUGAGCUUUGUUAUAUUAAAGCAGGGGACUGUCUGAGGCUGCUGCCAAGAUGAGCUCCCUGCUCCGAGGUGAGGAGAUGUGCCUGGCCCAGCUGUUUCUCCAGUCCGGCUCAGCUUAUGACUGCAUCAAUGAACUGGGAGAACUGGGACUGGUGGAGUUCAGAGACCUCAAUCCUAAUGUGAACGCAUUCCAGCGAAAACACGUCAACGAGAUCAAAAAAUGUGAAGAGAUGGAGAGGAUCCUGGGUUACCUUUUAAGGGAAAUUAAGAAAGCAGACAUUUCACUGCCAGAAAGAGAUAUUAACCCUGCAGCUCCUUCACCGAAGCAUAUAAUGACAAUAAUGGAGCAGCUGCAGAGACUUGAGGUUGAACUAGGUGAAGUAACCAGAAAUAAGGAAAAGCUGCAGAAGAACCUGCUGGAGCUCACAGAGUACACACACAUGCUUCGCAUCACACGCAACUUUGUACAGAGAACUGCUGAGAGAGAACCGCUACAAGUCCAGUAUGAGGAGUUUCCAUUUCUAGAGAAAGACACAAGGAUGGACUACAGCAGUAUGCAGAGACUGGGAGCUAAACUGGGUUUCAUUUCGGGGCUGAUUCACAGAACAAAGAUCGAAGCGUUUGAGCGAAUGCUUUGGCGAGUAUGUAAAGGUUACACCAUCCUGAGCAGCGCAGAAGUUGAAGAGUACCUGGAAGAUCCUGAUACAGGCGAGCCAACUAAAAGUGUAGUGUUCCUAAUUUCUUACUGGGGUGACCAAAUUGGCCAGAAAGUGAAGAAGAUCUGCGAUUGCUACCACUGCCACCUGUAUCCAUAUCCCAGUAGCAACGAUGAGAGAACCGAUGUUGUGGAAGGGCUCAGAACUCGCAUUCAGGAUCUACACACAGUGCUCCACAGAACAGAAGACUACCUGAAACAGGUCCUGAUCAAGGCUUCAGAAUCUGUCUGUACCUGGGUUGUCCAGGUCAAGAAAAUGAAGGCCAUAUACUAUAUUCUGAACCUCUGCAGUUUUGAUGUGACUAAUAAGUGCCUGAUCGCUGAGGUGUGGUGUCCUGUUGAUGACAUUCCCAAACUACGGAGAGCCCUAGAAGACGGAUCGAGAAAAAGCGGAGCGACUGUUCCUUCUUUUGUCAAUCGUAUUCCGACCACUGAUACCCCCCCGACGCUGAUAAGGACCAACAAGUUUACCUCUGGCUUCCAAAACAUUGUGGAUGCCUAUGGCGUGGGCUCUUACCGGGAGGUAAACCCUGCUCCCUUUACAAUCAUAACCUUCCCAUUCUUAUUUGCUGUGAUGUUCGGGGACCUGGGUCACGGAAUCAUCAUGUCUCUGUUUGCUUUCUGGAUGGUGCGCUACGAGAACAACCGCAAACUAAAAAACACCAGGAAUGAGAUCUGGAACACGUUCUUCGAAGGCCGUUACAUCAUUCUGCUGAUGGGUCUGUUCUCCAUCUACACCGGCCUCAUUUACAACGACUGUUUCUCAAGGUCUCUAAAUAUCUUUGGUUCUGGAUGGAGCGCUAAGGCUAUGUUUAAAGCUGGAGUGUGGAAGGAUAAUGUCUUACAUGGUAAUCCGUUUCUGACCCUUGAUCCAAAUGUCACUGGAGUUUUUCAAGGACCAUACCCUUUUGGAAUUGACCCAAUCUGGAACUUGGCCUCCAACCGCCUUACAUUCCUAAACUCCUAUAAAAUGAAAAUGUCAGUAAUAUUGGGCGUCAUACACAUGAGCUUUGGCGUCAUCCUCAGCACUUACAAUCACCGAUACUUCCGGAAGAAGUAUAACUUGUACUUGGUAUUUCUGCCUGAACUCUUGUUCUUGUUGUGUCUGUUUGGCUACUUGGUGUUCAUGAUUUUCUACAAGUGGCUGGCCUUCACUGCCAAGGACUCCAGACAGGCACCCAGUAUUCUAAUCCACUUCAUUAACAUGUUCCUCAUGCAGGGGGAUGGAUUACAGCCUCUCUAUCCAGGACAGACUGGCCUGCAGGCAUUUCUUGUGGUCAUUGCUGUUCUCUCAGUGCCUGUUUUACUGCUGGGGAAACCAGUCUACCUCUACUGGCUUCAGUAUGGAGGCCGAAAUCGCCUGGGAAUGUACAGGGGAUAUGAGCGAGUGCGGCGAAACAGUGAUGAGGAGCUUUACCUUCUGAGGUCUGAAGACAUGGAGGAGGGCAGCACUCACAGUGAUCUCACUGGUAGUGGAGAGCCUUCUUCAGAGGAGUUUAACUUUGCAGAUGAAUUCCUUCAUCAGGCCAUCCACACAAUAGAGUAUUGUCUGGGUUGUAUCUCAAACACAGCAUCAUACCUGAGACUCUGGGCUCUUAGUCUGGCACACGCCCAGCUAUCAGAGGUCCUCUGGGGUAUGGUGAUGAGAGUAGGACUUCAAAUGACACCGGCUCUUUCCGUGAUCUUGCUGGUCCCUGUAUUCGCCCUAUUUGCUGUUCUCACUGUGUCCAUCCUCCUCGUCAUGGAGGGUCUGUCCGCAUUCCUUCAUGCCCUUCGGCUGCACUGGGUGGAGUUUCAGAAUAAAUUCUACAGCGGGACUGGAGUCAAGUUCUGCCCUUUUUCCUUCUCUCUGUUGCCUUCCAGCUUUGAACACGAUGGAUUACUUUAAAGGACUAAUAUUGCAAAAAGAUUGAAGAGAAAGAAACCAGCAGCUCAUACAAAUCCUAAUCAAGAUAUAUCAGAAAGUUCUUUUGAUUUAGUUUUUUUCCCUUUUUCUUUUAACUUUACAUGAUAAAAUGGCCACACUGGCCUCCUGGCUGUAUUUCGAGAAAACUAUGGUGAACUGAGUGGUUGUUAAUGAAGUUGUACUGAAGAAUGUGUGUUUUCCUCCACGCUCAGGUGCAGUUUUACUGGGAUUCACUUAAGAGAUGCUACACAACAUUG